AUGUCCAACGUGGUCCUGAUGCUGGUUCUCAAAGGACUGAUCUGGGGAGCAUCGUACAUGCAGGGGCACGGUGGCAAGAGCCGGAAGGACGGACCGGAUGCGGCGGGCUUAGCCGGGACCAGCCUCAUGCAGAACAUGGUCACUGAGACGGAUUUGCUGUUGUUCCUUGGAUAUUUGGUAGCCGAUGAGUCAGGUCGCUACGAUUGCUUGAACCGUGUAGCGUGUGAGCAACCGGCCAGGGCGGAGAGUUACUUAAAGAGCGCUGAAAUGGUCUGGAGAACGGCGAAAUUAUUAGAUGCUGUGGUGCCGUUAGACGCGAAAUACGAGCAAAUGUUGAUCAAGUUGCAAGAAGCCAUUGAAGACGGUAGGGCGGACGGAGAUUGUCAGGCCAAAUACAAAUGUUCCGAGUCGACUAGCACCGAAGAUAACUUUAACCUGAUUUAA